GGGGGGCUGGCGGCAGCGUCGUGUGGUUUCACAACUUCAAAUCGGACAGAGAGCCACGGACUUCCUGCUUCCUCAGAGCUCACUUCAGAGGGUUCGUCUCUUCUUCCUGCCAGACCUUCACAGAAGCAACAAGCGGAGCAUCUCCUCUGCAACCCACCUCCGACGUCUCCGCGCGCUGGUUGCCGGGCAGGGGCUGACGAUGGUGUGUUUUCUGUGUGCAGAGGCCAUCGAAAACAUGAUCACAUGUUACGUCCUCGAUGGGAUUCUCAUCCUCUACGGCAUCGUCCUCACCGUCCUGUACUGCCGACUGAGGACGCGUCCAGCCAUCAAAACGCCUGCCAAUUUCCCUGAGAAGCAGCCGGCUGACCAAGGCGUCUACGCGGGUCUGUACUGUCCCAGUAAUGACGUCUACGAAACCAUCAGGACGGAUAAAAAGUCGAUUGUCUGAUGAAGGCGGAGACUCGGUGCAGAGAAGAAGAUGCUGAGCACAAGAACCACAUGAAGCUUUUAACCUUUUACUGUAUAUGAAGUUGUUAGUUGUCCUAGCGGGCCUGUGCAGAUUCCCGUCUUUAAAAAAAUAAUAAUAUAAUACUCAUUUUAUUCCUAAACUUCCUGUCAUGAGUACACGAAAUGCUGAAUUUGUUGACGUGUUGCUUUACAGCUGUUUUUUUACCAAAGUUACCAAGGAAACAGAAGUGCAUCUUUCAUCUUGUUCUUUUUUUUCAAGUCGUACUUUCACCUCAGCUCAUGCGAAGAAGGAUGAAAUAUGUUAACUAACUUAUCUAAGGCUGCAACUAAUGAUUUAAACUUUUUUUUAAUAACGUUUUUUUUUUGUAUAUCUUCAUUUUAUGCCUGUCACAAUAUCCUAGGGCACCGGCGACGUCGUCAGAUGUUUGUGUUUGUCUGACCGUCAGUCCAGAAUCCAAAGAUUUAUAGUGAAGACAAAAGAUUCAAAACUUAUAAGCUAGAACUAAAUCUUCUUUUCAUUUAGUAAAAUCUACCUGAAUUGAAUCUGAUCACUCCGAAUCAUGAAGCAGUUUUAUGAGCUUUAAGACGCAGAUGACGGUUUUGAAAAUAAUACAUUUUCUGUUUCAACUUCAUUUGCUCAAAUUUUGUGUACAAUUUAGAUUUGAAACAAUACGCUUGUUAUCAUAUGACUGUGCUUGAAAAAGUUUCACAUCCAUUGCUUCAACUUUUGAUUGUCACAAUUUUAUCAUUAGCAAAAACACCUACUACUGUUAAUUGGGACAUAUUCCUGUGAUAUGCUUUGUCCAUUUCCAUUGUCCAUGUCAUUUUCCAUUAAUAUUUUCCGCACAAUCUCAACAUCACCGGGAAAAUCUCUCACCAAAUCUAGUUUGAAUUUCCAAAAGUAAAUAGUACACUCAACCACAAACAAGUGUGUGAGAAUCCACACGGUGGAUAUAAACAUGUCGCUUUCCAUGUCUCAAAAAAAGAGAGAGAGAGAGAGAGAGACACUAAACAGCCGCAGCACCAGAGGGCAAUCGCACAGCGUCUUUGCGAGAAUGCAUGACAUCAUGGCAUAACUGGAAAUGUAAAUUUCAAAACACAUUCACACGCCCGCACACUCAGGCUGUGUGCACCGUUUCCCCCCCGAGGCUCUUCUCAAAGAAACUCACACAGAAACCGUUCAGCCGCCGUUGCGACACACUGCACCAACAGUGUGAGACAAAAGAAAACACAUUUGUAGUGUCACAAUUACAUUUGAACGCAGGCGAAAGCUGUUUUUAUGAGCACGUUCAUGUUUUUAAAGGUUAUUCGUGUUAUCAAUAUCACUGGUUCUCAAUAAACAGCUGUGAAACAAACAAGUGACCUUUUCCCCCUCCUUGCAACAAGGUUAAUCAUCUGAAUAAACCUUUUUGCCUGUUA